AUGGCUUCAGCAGACUUGAAGGACGUCGAAAUCAACAAGGUUGACGCCGCCGAAAUCGCCGCUGCCCCGAUCGAAGAGAUCAACAAUGAAGCUCGGAAAGCAUUCGAGGCAGAGCAUGCCCUCAAGUUUGCCGACGCCGUCAAGUUGUAUCCCACAGCGAUAGGAUGGGCUAUAUUCUUCUCUCUCGGUGUCGUCAUGGCGGCUUUUGACCCUCAAUUGCUGGGUAAUCUAUGGCUAUAUCAUUUCCGCGCUUGGCAGACGGGACUGUCAAUGGGCAGCCCUAUCGGCCAGGUCGUGGGCGCGUUCUUCGCAGCCUAUCCCAUGGAAUGGUUCGGCAGGAAGAAGACCUUCGGUGCCUGCGUCAUUUUCUCAACUGGAAUUGUCUUCAUUCAAUUCUUCGCUCGCUCGCUUCCGGUCCUGCUGGCGGGUGAGUUGCUCGGCGGACUUGUCUUGGGCACCUAUGUCAUCAUCGCGCCAACCUAUGCUUCUGAAGUCUGUCCAACGACUCUUCGAGGUGUGUUGACUAGCUGCAUCAACAUCGCGUUCGUCACCGGGCAGCUCAUCGCCAAUGGUGUCAUCGCUGGUACAUCCAAGCUCGACAGCCACUGGGCCUAUUCUGGCCCCUUUGCCGCUCAAUGGGUCUGGCCGGCGGUGAUUCUCAUUGGGCUGCCCUUCGCGCCUGAAAGUCCGUGGUGGCUUCAACGUCAAGGACGAUUCACCGAAGCGGAGAAGUCUUUGAAACGACUUGCAUCAAAGAAUGUCGAUGUGAAGCCAGCUCUGGCCAUGAUCAUCGAGACCGACAGGCUGGAGCGUGAGAUGGAGGCCGGCUCAACGUACGCCGACUGCUUCAAGAAGAUCAACAUUAGGCGCACUGAGAUUUCUGUGGGAGUGUAUGUGAUUCAGGUCCUUUGCGGUAUUUACCUGGUGGGCUACGCCACCUACUUCUUCACCUUGGCUGGCUUGCCCACGGAGGAUUCCUUCAACAUGGGGGUCGGCUUCCUUGCCUGUGGCUUCGUCGGUACGCUGCUAUCGUGGGUCCUGCUCAUCCAUGUCGGCCGGCGCAGAAUCUAUAUCGGCGGUCUUGCGAUGCUGGCCACUCUGCAAUUCAUCAUUGGCAUCAUUGACUGCGCGCCGAAUUACGAAGACCAUCCUGGUCUUUCAUGGGCUCAAGCAGUGCUGAUGCUGAUUUGGAACUUCAUCUAUGGCUGGUCCGUCGGUCCAAUCUGCUUCGUCAUUAUUUGCGAGGCCUCUGCGACAAGAGUGAGGAGCAAGACCAUCGGCGUGGCUACAGCGGCUCAGGCAACAAUGGGAAUCGUUAUGACUGUCGCCAUCCCUUACAUGAUCAACCCAGAUCAAGCUAAUCUACGCGGCAAGCUCGGGUUCUUCUUCGGCGGGCUCGCCACGAUUUCGUGGGUUUGGGCGUACUUCCGGGUGCCUGAAUUUAAGGGGAGAACGUAUGAAGAGCUGGAUCAUAUGUUCGAGAAGAACGUACCAACUCGCCAGUUCAAGUCGUAUACUUUUGAGCGUUGA